CGCGCCGAUGCACGAGGUGGCAUCCCGUCACUGAUCGACCAAAAGCUAUGCAAUCCUUCGGUCUUCGCGCCUUAGCUUGCAUUCGCUAGCACCAACUACCUCGCUUCGAACAAAACUGCCCACUGUCCACGCUGCUGCACGAGCACUCCACGUUGCUGACGAUGCACCUGCAACAUCUUUGCGCGCUCGCAGCCAUGUAAGCGUGCGACUCUUUUCUACUGUCGCACAAAGCAUCAUUCAUACAGCGUGUUGGCGAGCUUCCCACACGCAACCCGCUUCCGCGGGCGCCUAUGCAACCCGUAAUCAAUGUCGACGCCUUCACCAACUCCGUUACCUGAUGGCUACAAGCCUGCAGCGGCAUUACUCGACGCGGACCACCGUGGUUCUUGGAUAUACAUCACGAAUGGAUUUGGACUUGUCGUGGUACUCAUCGCAUUCGCUAUUCGAACUUGGAUCAGGCUGAAGGUCAGCCCACCUUUCCGAUACGAUGAUAUUACUCUGGCGGGAGCAACCGUGCUCUCAAUAGUUCAAGCUGGAGUUGUGUUUGCGCAAGUUCACAGCGGGUUUGGUACUGCGAUUCGACUUCUCAGCGAUGCUGCAAUCGAUCGGGUGCAGAAGCUCGGUCUCGCUGCAGUCAUCCUUUAUGUCUUCACCAUCUACGCCAGCAAGGCGUCAGUCGUGCUGCUCUUUGCGCGAAUCUCAGCAGACCGAUUCCACAAAGCUGUGGCACGAGGCCUACUCGCAUCCUGCCUGGUCUUCGGCAUUGUCUCCGCAUUUCUGGUAGCCCUCAAGUGCGAUCUGUCUGCACCAUGGAGAGUCUACGGCCAACAGUGCUCCAGCUUGUUCGCACGAGCAACAGCGGUGGCAGUAUUCGACAUCGUCACAGAGCUCAUUUUGUUCGGAAUCAGCCUGCUGCUGGUCUGGAAUCUGCAGACUUCACUCAAGAAUAAGAGCCGCGUGGUAUUUGCGUUUGGAACUCGAUUGCCUCUAAUCGCAGUCAUAAUCCUUCGUCUGGUCUAUCUCCGAGAUCUUGAAGACACCGACGACCCCACCCUCCAAGGCACAAUAACCAUAGUUCUCACCCAACUCGAAAUCUUCUACGGCAUAAUGGCAGCCACAAUUCCGUGCCUUCGCCCCUUCCUAGCAGGUUUCAUCACCAACUACGGCGCCAUGGGCCGCGAAACAGUCAUGGGUGGCUCCCAUAUCGGCGGCGCAAGCCGCAAAGACCCCGGAGAAUCUAAAGGCAGCAGCUUCGCAAUGUCUGCUAUCACUUCCAAAGACCGAGGGAAACGAGCAUCGGCUAUGAAAGAGAAGCUGACGAAGUCUGCGAAUCGCGAUACGAUUGCUGGGUCUUCUCCUAUUGAAGAUGAGAGUUUUCGGCCGGAUAAGGGGAGUAAUGAUACGCAAGUGAGAGGGGGGUUUGAUGCGAGGAGUAUCGCGAGUGAUGAGUCGACGAAGAUGAUUAUUAAAAAGCAGACACAGUUUCAUGUGGGGAGGGAGCGUGGGACGGCAGAGUCUUUGAAUGAGUUGGAGAGAGAAUCGAUUGCCAUAGCGAGGUAGUGUCCGCCUUUGAGCUGAGAUACGCGAACGGAAUUACAGAACGUGAGUCUCAGUAUGCUAUUUUCGACUUGAUCUUUCACAUGCGCACAACAG